AUGCAGCCGCCGCCGCAGCCUUACGAGUUCCUGGGCGAGGAGAACGGCCCGAAAUGGCGCGGCCUCUUCGUGCCCGCCCUGCGCAAGGUCCAGCAGCAGGUUCACCCCAACCUGUCAGCAAAGGAAGAUUCUCUCUAUUACAUUGAGGAGCUGAUCCUGCAGCUGCUGAACAAACUGUGCAUUGCCCAGCCACGGACUGUGCAGGAUGUGGAGGUAGGACUGGAGGCUGGGAAAACAAAGAUUUGCCUCUGGAAUCACUUGAAAUUAAUUUGGGGAUAUUUUAGGCAGUGCCAGGUUGGAAGCCAAGGAUUUUGUUGCUGUCCCUGGAUCUCUGGAAGUGAGGUCCUGGGCUACAAAGUGGAUUACCAUGUCUCUCUCUAUAUCGUGGCUGUCUUGGAAUACAUCUCAGCUGACAUUUUAAAGCUGGCUGGAAAUUAUGUUUUCAAUAUCCGACACUUUGAGAUCUCCCAGCAGGACAUUAAAGUAUCAAUGUGUGCUGAUAAGGUUUUGAUGGAUAUGUUUGAUCAGGAUGAGAUUGGGUUGGUUUCUCUGUGUGAGGACGAGCCCUCUUCUUCUGGGGAGCUCAACUACUACGACCUGGUGAGAAAUGAGAUUGCAGAAGAAAGGCAAUACCUGAGGGAGCUCAACCUGAUCAUCAAAGUAUUUCGGGAAGCUUUUCUGUCCAACAGGAGACUCUUCACACCUCAUGACAUUGAUGUGAUUUUCAGCAACAUUUCAGACAUCCACGAGCUGACAGUGAAGCUUUUGGGAUUGAUUGAGGACACCGUGGAAAUGACAGAUGAGAGCAGCCCUCACCCUCUGGCUGGAAGCUGCUUUGAGGACCUGGCAGAGGAGCAAGCCUUUGAUCCAUAUGAAACCUUGUCCCAGGAUAUUCUCUCUCCACAAUUCCAUGAACAUUUCAAUAAUUUAAUGGCCAAACCUGCCGUGGCUCUCCACUUCCAGUCCACAGCUGAAGGAUUUAAGGAAGCUGUGCAGUAUGUCCUGCCUCGCCUCAUGCUGAUCCCAGUCUAUCACUGCUUGCAUUACUUUGAGUUGCUGCAGCAAUUGCAGGAAUGCAGUGAGGAUGAAGAGGACAGGGAGUGCCUCAAACAGGCCAUCACUGCCCUCCUGAACCUGCAGUGCAGCAUGGAGCGCAUUUACAGCAAACACUCCCCUCGGCGCCGGCCCGGGGAGCCCGUGUGUCGCUUCUAUCACCGACAGAUCAGAAGCAAACACUUGGCCAUCAAGAAAAUGAACGAAAUCCAGAAAAACAUCGACGGCUGGGAAGGCAAAGACAUCGGUCAGUGCUGCAACGAAUUCAUCAUGGAAGGAGCUCUGACAAAAAUCGGGGCCAAACACGAGCGCCACAUCUUCCUGUUCGACGGUUUGCUCAUCAGCUGCAAAACCAACCACGGGCAAUCGCGGCUGCCCGGCUACAGCAGCGCCGAGUACAGGCUCAAGGAGAAGAUUGUGAUGAGGAAAACGCAGGUGCUGGACAAAGAGGACACAGCAGAGUACAGGCACGCCUUCGAGCUGGUGUCCAAGGACGACAGCAGCGUCGCUUUCGCAGCCAGGUCGGCCGAGGAGAAGAGCGCGUGGAUGGCGGCGCUGGUGUCGCUGCAGUACCGCAGCACCCUGGACAGGAUGCUGGACUCGGUGCUGCUGCAGGAGGAGAACGAGCAGCCCCUGAGGCUGCCCAGCCCCAGCGUGUAUCGCUUCGUGGUGGAGGACUCCGAGGACAACAUCGUGUUUGAGGAUAAUUUACAGAGCAGGAAUGGCAUCCCCAUCAUCAAAGGGGGCACGGUGGUGAAGCUCAUCGAGAGGCUGACCUACCAUAUGUAUGCAGAUCCUAAUUUUGUCAGGACUUUCCUGACCACCUACCGCUCGUUUUGCAAGCCCCAGGAGCUGCUGAGUUUGCUGAUAGAAAGGUCUUUCCUCAGAAUAUUGAAUGUUUUCCGGCACUGGGUCGAGCACCAUUUUUAUGAUUUUGAGAGGGAUCUGGAGCUGCUGGAGAGGCUGGAGACCUUCAUUUCCAGUGUCAGAGGAAAAUCCAUGAAGAAGUGGGUGGAGUCCAUUGCUAAAAUCAUCAAGAGGAAGAAAGCCCAGGCAGAUGGGGUCAGCCACAACAUCACCUUCGAGAGCCCCCCACCACCCCUGGAGUGGCACCUGUGGCGCGUGGGGCACAGCGAGGCCCUGGACCUGAUGACCCUGCACCCCAUUGAGAUCGCCAGGCAGCUCACCCUGCUCGAGUCUGAGCUGUACAGGGCUGUGCAGCCUUCUGAACUCGUUGGCAGUGUGUGGACGAAGGAAGAUAAGGAAAUUAACUCCCCCAAUCUCUUGAAAAUGAUUCGUCACACUACAAAUCUCACCCUGUGGUUUGAAAAGUGCAUUGUGGAAACUGAGAACUUUGAGGAGCGAGUGGCUGUGCUGAGCAGGAUCAUAGAAAUCCUGCAGGUUUUCCAAGACCUCAAUAAUUUCAAUGGUGUUCUGGAGAUUGUCAGUGCUGUGAACUCUGUCUCAGUGUACAGGCUGGAUCACACAUUUGAGGCACUCCAGGAAAGGAAAAAAAGAGUUUUGGAUGAAGCAGUAGAAUUAAGCCAAGAUCAUUUUAAGAAGUAUUUAGCUAAGCUCAAGUCAAUCAAUCCCCCCUGUGUGCCUUUUUUUGGAAUAUACCUAACAAAUAUCUUGAAAACAGAAGAAGGGAAUCCUGACUUCCUUAAAAGACAAGGGAAAGAAUUAAUUAACUUCAGUAAGAGGAGAAAAGUGGCUGAAAUUACAGGAGAAAUUCAGCAGUAUCAAAACCAGCCCUACUGCUUAAGGAUUGAGCCAGAAAUCAGGAAAUUCUUUGAAAAUCUCAAUCCCAUGGGGAAGAUACCAGAAAAGGAGUUUACAGAUUAUCUGUUCAACAAAUCUUUAGAGAUUGAACCUCGGAACUGCAAGCAGCCACCUCGAUUUCCCAGGAAAACAACGUAUCCCCUGAAAUCGCCGGGGAUCAGGCCCAACACGGGCAGGCACGGCUCCACCUCGGGCACCCUGAGGAGCCACCCCCUGCCCCUGGAGAAGGAGCCCAGCAAGAUCAGCUUCAGCAGGAUCACCGAGGCCGAGCAGGAGACCACGGCGUCGGCUCCGACCUCCCCCAACACCCCCUCAACGCCCCCCGUGUCGGCGUCCUCCGAGUUCAGCGUCUUCUUAGACAUUGAUCUCAACAGUUCUUAUGGUAACAACAGCAUCUUCGCUCCCGUGAACUUGCCUCAGUCGAAGACUUUCUUCAGCUCCUGGGGGAGCUUCCCUAAACUGAGUGAUGAGCCUCAGAACCCUCCUCCACUUCCUCCACGGAAAAAGAUGGAUCAGGAAGCUUCCAAUGCUAAGGGAAAUCCUAAAUCGGACGACGAUCCUCCAGCAAUCCCACCUCGGCAGCCACCGCCUCCAAAGAUCCAACCUCGAGUUCCUGCUUACACCACUGCCCUGGAGCAGCCCCUGCACAGCCCUCCUCCUCCGCCCCCCCGGGACCCCGUGCCCGACACCCCACCCCCGGUGCCGCUGCGGCCGCCCGAGCACUUCAUCAAUUGCCCGCUGAGCCUGCAGCCGCCGCCGCUGGGACGCUUCCCCCGGGACCCCGAGCGGCUGCGGGAGCCCGGCUCGGGCCCCAGCUCUCCGGCCACCCCUCCCAGCACCCCCUCUCCCCGGGUGCUGCGCCGCUGCUGCGUCCUCAGCGCCAGCCACAACAACCUGGCCCAGCCUCCCGUGCCCCCCGUGCCGCCCCGGCACAACUCCAGCCCUCAGCUACCAAAACUGCCACCAAAGACUUACAAAAGGGAGCUCUCCCACCCUCCUUUGCACAGACUGUCUUUGCUAGAAAAUGCAGAAACGCCUCAAUGACCUUAGCCAUAGUAGUCAUUGACACUGGAAUACUAUUUGUAAAGUUCCUCUUUUUUUUUUUUUUUUUAAUUUAUUCAAAGGAGAAAAAAAAAAGGCAGUGUAUUUUAGUAUUUUCACAAAUUAUGUUCUUAAAGUGCUGCUGAUCAAAAAAAAAAAAAAAAAAGGUUUAAAUUGGAAAAAAAAAUCAGACUACACACAUUCCAACCUGUGUGGUUGGACAGCAUUACCCUCAGGUGAGCAGCAACAUUGCCUUGGUUCACAUCCUCAGUGCCGACCGUUCUGCCAGGACACAAAAUAGACCUUUUGCACUGUAAACUACACUAAGUGAAUUUAAACUGACAUCAUUUAAUUGCACUGAGCCAAAAAAAAAAAAAAAAAAGGUGCGUCUGUGGAAUUUUUUUUUAAAUUUGAGCACUAGUGGCCUUUUUUUUUAAUUAAAGAAACCCAGCAAUGGGAUGAUCACACACCACGAGGAUCCAGAGCGUCACAGAUUUGAAACCUCUUGGCCACAAGCCUUGGUGUAAGGCUGGAGGUUCCUGAGUGACAGCUCCUGUUCUGGAAUAUUCUCAUGCCAUGUCUUAAUUGCCAUUGAUUUGCUGCUGAAGACAAAGGAAAAAAAAAAAAAAAGUUGAAAUCUAAAUACCAAAAUACUGGGUUGGUCUUGGUUCUUUGGAGAAAGGAUGAAGGAGGAGUACCCGUCUGGGAUAUCGGGGAGGCUCCCGAGUACUUCACGUGCAUCCUGUUCAGUUGUGCCUUUUUUGUUUUGAUAGGCAAAGGUGUCUUAAGCUAAAGAGUUUGUCUGCUGUUGUGGAGAACAAAGCUAUGCUCCUGUACAAUUGUUUAUAUUGUAUAUUUACAGAUAUGCUAAUGACAUGUAUAAAUUGAAUUGACUUCGAGGCCUAUAACACAGUCUGCUACUCCUGGGAUUGGAUCCAGCCAGCAGCGUUUCCUCUGGCUUGGGAUCAGUCUUGCCUUCCAGACCUAAUAACUCCCUUUAGAUCUACACUUAACUCGUGAAUCCACUUUGGAAAUUGGUAGCAUUUAAACCAGCAAACACUUAAAGCUUUAUUAAACUUUUUAAACUGAUAAGUGAAUGGAACUUUUCUUUGCCAGUCCAACCCCUGUGUUUGAACUGGUGUGAGAGUGAGUCUGUUUUACUGGUAGUUCUGUAGCAGCAUUUAUAAAGUGGCCUUCACAAGCCACAUUUUAUUUACUGGUUUGUGGCCUUUUACUGUGCUUUGUAUCAGAGUUCUUAACAAGAUUAAUAAAUCACCCCAGUCUUAAUUUUUAA